GAGCAGUUCGCGUACGGAGAAAUCAUGCCGAAGCCAAUUAUAGAAAACGCAACAGUGGCUCGACCCCAUCUUUUUAGACUUUCACCUUGACUUGCACUCUCCCUCCACACCUAACGAAUGGGCUGACCCGCCCCGAGACAUGCCCUUGAGUAGUGGAUGCAUGUGCAACCACACCACUUUUAGGAUUGUUGCAUGGAUGUGCAGCACAUGGGGUUGCCUACUCGGGCCCGGCCCAGCUGGGCCUAUCGUGUUGGUGCAGAGGUAUGUCUCGUAUGCGGUGGCUUCAAGAGCAAUGGUCCAAAACCGCGUGCAACUCUGGGAGGUGCGGGGCAUAAAGAUAAGUUGACAGCAUCUCCCGCAUCCUAGCUGAGACUUUGACCUCACUUACCCGUGCAUUUCCACUCUGUGUUGCUUACAUAUGAUAUGGCUGCAAGGUGACAUCUCUUUUGCUUGAAUAUAUACUGGCUCUCACCAUGGCACCACAUCUCAUGUCGAAAAGGGAAGACGCCUUUGGGUCGUCGAACUCAAUAACAAAAUCGCCAUGGAUAUUAGUGGCAAUCAUUCUAAGUGCCUUGGUCAUUGCGAUGAUAAUCGUGUUUGUCGUCCUCUACUUCUUGAGGAAGAAGCGACUCGCCGAGGCAAAUCAACAACUACCUGUCAUCGGUGAUCGGCUCCAGACCACGGGGAGAAGGAGGAAGAUUAGUGCGGCAGACCGCAAGCAAGCCGAAGAAAUGGAAAGGAGUCUGAUGAUCCGCAAGUCGUUGGCCAGCCGCUCGACGUUCAGCACCAUUGGUUCACGUGACUCGCAGGUGCUACACAGCGCCAGGAGCUCGAGCAUUCUCAAUCACAACCCCUUCGAGACGGCGGAUGAGACAGGAGACAGCGAGGCCAAGGAUGACUGGAAGGAGUGGGAGGUCCGAGCCCAGACGGAGAGGAGGCACUCGAGACUGGAAGAACUGGCCAUGGGUGGUGGACGAACACAACAUCCCGCCCUGUCACGCGAGUUGCAAGACCUGCCCAUACCAAGACAAGCAAGAGUGGCAUUCCCAUCGGGCGAUGCCAAAGGACCACGAGAGAAGCUACCCCUUCCACCACUCCAUUCUCCACCGCCACCCCCCUAUCAGGGGACAUCGAGAAGACCGAAUGCCAUUAACAGGGAGUGGGUGUAAUCAUGUGUAACAAAACCGGUGUGUGGGACGGCGUCUUGGAGUUUUGCAGUUAUGUUUCGAACAAGAAACGACACCACGGGGUCAUAGGCGUUUUCGGAUGACAUACAAGCAUUUGAUUUGCGGCAUUGAUAUUGGAUACAACCUCUAUGGCAUUAGUAUGAGGUAUGAGGAGUUAGAUGAUUCUGAAAAGAAAGCACUCACACGAGAGGCAUGGUGGGGAAGGAUUGACCGAAAGAUAGCCUUGAUGAAUGAGCAAUAUCCUAUCAGUAUCACGAUAAAGCGACACAAAUAAAAUUACGUAUGUUUG